CAAGUCAGCUGUUCGUGUCGCUCUCUCGUAAAUUUUAUAAACGUUCUGGAUUUUAUUUUAUUUAUUUCGGAAUUCAUUUGUUUGCUGUGAAAUAUCGUGGCCAAAAAUCAAAACCAGAACGCACUGAUGUUCUCAGGGAACUUGUCGAUUCAAAAUCGUACGAUUUCAUGCACCUUAACAGUACAAACGCGGUCCACUGGCCAAUUGUGAUUCGCAUAUGCCUUAAUUGUUGUAAACAUUUCCUACCGGAAUAGAAAUGUCAUUAGAUUGCUAAGCAUUCCACGUGAUGAGUGCACCACAGCAGCAACCGGGAGACAGGGGAGGAGGAGCUCCGCCAGUCACCGGCAGGGAUUCGGCAAAUCAGCCGGCAAGGAGCUCCACCGCCGGAAGAUCUGGACACUCGAGCACCGGUUCUCGUGGUCUGAGUCCCAACAACUGGCGACAGAACAACUCAAUGAAAUAUAAUUCGCGACCCUGGCACCGAGGCCGUUUGGACAGUGGUCACGUUAACAAUAGAGUGUGGUCUAAUCAUAAUCAAAGGCAAACGCCUUACCCGCAAGCAAACUACGGAAAUCGCGACCAUUCUGACACCCGUGGUUCAAUCCAGGAACGACAGGAGAGAGAUUAUACUAAGAGAACUGAUUUUCGUGAUCGAAACCCUAGGUACUCCGAUGAGAGACACUCUGGCAGAUAUAGUGAUUACCACAGUAGGAACCAUUACCACAGAUACAAGCCUAGGGGAAGUGAGGGGCGAUCCUAUCACAGGGACGAAGGUGCCAGAGAUUCCCCAAAGUCUCCUUAUCAUAAUGAAGAAAGUGGUUCCAGUCUAAUCAGAGCCACAUCUGACAUCAAGCGAAGUAGCGGACACAACUGUGAACCGAAAAGCGAUGCUUGUAAACCUGAACAUACGGAGGGUAACCAAAGUUGUGUAAAUCACUAUCAAACCGAAGAAAAUAAAAUUGAGUUGGGGCUAACUAAGGAUCAAGAAGCUAACAGAACCAGCUCCAACGAGCAAAGUUCUAAUAUCUCUCAACAACCUGAUCGAAUUGCAUCAGAAGACGACCAGAAUACAAAUACGAAUGGGUUGAAAGAGAGCUCGUGUCCUAACAAGCCGAGCAAGGAAUUAAACGACGCCUCUAAGGCAUCGCAGUUUCCAGAUCGAAGAUCAGAGGCACAGUCGUCGGAGGAAAAAUUAAACGUGUCCAAGUUAAGUGAGAACCACCCUUCUGGUGUACAGGCUAGUCAAUCGAUACCACGUAUCCAAGUGCGCCCCCUUACCGAGCUACUGAGGCAGGAGCUCUUCGCAGUCACCCAGGAAAAUCUGUGCAGGACAUCUCUCCUAAGUCCCCCUCCAUCCGCAUUCCCCGCCAACCCCAGCCGUCUGGCCAUUAGGCCCAACCUCAGAAAUCGUCGCCGAACCGUAAGCAACUGCAUUUACAAUGCUGGAAGUCUUGGUCAGGCCGCAGAGAGCGAGGCCGUUUUCAAUGAUCGCAUCGCUAGCAUGGACAAGGAGAGUCUGAAGUACAUAAUCAACAAUGGCGACACUAUAUUUGAACCACACUUACAACUCCAGGCCAGGAGGCGUAUACGCGACGAGAUUCGCCGACAGCUAAAGACAAUUGAGUUGGAUAAGCCUAAGGAUUGUCUGGUAAAGGAAUUAGUCGAGGACGAAAUUGUCGAUUCCAUCAAAUUGCCCGCAUUUCUGCUCGAGGAGAUCGAAAAGUGUUUUGGCAUAGACAUAUCACAGGGUCAGACGGCCAAAGAUUCUGAAGCAGAUCAUCAAGGUACAACAAGGGGCAACGUGGGCGCUGAAAGCCCAGUCCAACAACCCAAAGAAACAAAGGGAACUUGUAACAGCGCAGAAAGUUUAAAAGAUAUCACAGUUAAAAAGACUAAAGCAACUGUUGACGAUAGGAGUCAGAGCACUAAUAUUAGAAAGCUUCAAAGUGAAAUUGCUAGUAAUGAUAACAAUCAUCAAUCAGAAGCCGACGAGCUUAGCAAACCCCUUCGUGAAUUGCCUCAAGAUAGCGAUGAUGGCUCUGUAACAUCGAAUGGGGUCAGUAAAAAGGUCUUGCAAGAAAACAAUAAGAAGAAGUGUAGUAAACAGAGCAGCAAACAAGCCAUUAAAGUAAAUGGGAAUAAGCCAAAGAAUCCGAGACAAGAAGCACUAAUAGCAACUCUGCAACACUGUGAAUCAUUAAAAGGGUCCGAAGAUCAUGUGACAAGUCCGAAAACAGCCGAUGACGUCAACAGUUUCGGGCAAACACACCAAUCUAAGAAUCGUCCGCCCUUGCUACCGACCCCUCCAUGUGAAAGGAUUUUAUGGACUAAUUCAAAGAGUAACCACUCCAAUCCAAGUCAAUCCGCAUUAAAUAGAACUAACCAAAGUAGUAAUCAGGAAACUGCUCCAGUGGAUUCCCUUUCUGGGAUCGGUACACACAAUAAAAUGGAAAUUAAAAGGGAAUCCAGCAGCUCACCCAUAUCAGUAAGUCCUUUGCCUUCCAAGGAAGUUAUUGAUCUGCUAAGCUCAUCUGACGGAGAGCAGGAAGAGCAUGGCGUGGUGCAUAUGGACGUUGAUGAACUUGAAGGUGAUAUUGUAAAUCGAAAAGAAGCUUUGACGCAAUCCGAACCCUCAACUGUGGAAAAUGUUGAUAGUGACAACUCCACCAACUCCCAAAGCAGCAGUAAAUCCACGAAAAGGCGACGCAGGCUAAAGCUUCAAAAUGAUGCAGAAAAUGUGGUGGACAGCUUUGAAAAGCUGAUCCUUCCUCAUCUUCGAGAGGCUCUCACUGAUCGCUAUCGUCGCCAGCAUUCUAGUAGCCUGCAGAGUCGAUUGCACUUCAUCUCCUGCGUAGUGACAAGCUCCGAGCACAAUUCACAAACCUUUAGCAAAAUUGAGGUAGCCAAGAUGCAAAUGAAUCUCAAAGCAGCCGACAAUCGCCAAGCUAUCGAAUUUCUUCUAAAAGAAAUUGUCAACGUGGUGAGUCUGCAGAAACAACGUCGUCGGGAGCAGGAUGAGGAGCAAAAGCUUACAAAUUUAUUAAGCCCCAAAAAAACAGCAUCCAUAAUUGAGGAAACCCCUAAGGCGUCCACAUUACGUCCAAUCCAGCAGUGUUCUAUUCCACCAACGGCUCAGGAUAGUUCUCCAGCUAUAUCACAUCCAUCCUCUCCUGUCCGCCAAUCAACUCCGCCAGUUGUAUCUCCCUUUCAGAAACAUCACUCUUCUCCAGUCCGUCAGUCCCCACCGCCAACUCAGCACAGUCCUAUUUCCGCCACUGCUCAGCAGAGCUCCCCAAUAAUGUCAGCCCGUCAAAAAACUCCAUCUCCUCCAACCCGCCAAUCUUUAACGCCCAUCCUUGAGGAUCCUAAAGACUCACCUGCACAGCAGGGUUCAACUCGUCAGAAAACUCGGUCGUCACCUGCCUGCCAAACGACACCAGUCGAAGAUGUUUCUGAAAGCCCUGCUCCUAGUCUGGAAAAUCCUUCCUCUUCGGCGAAACUGGAAUCCGUUCCCGUUGGGUUUCCAUUUCUCGCCAUGGAUCCCGCACUAUGCAAUUAUACGCGCCUAGCUUGUGAAUCAAAAAUAAACGAACCUUUUGAACAUUUGGGCGACAUGAUGGCGCAGAAUUUGGUUGAAAUCGAUCGUCGUUUGAUGGAAAAUCAAAAUCGUCGCAGCAUUCUGGAUGAUAUGAUAAUAAAGUUUCAGAAGGAGAAAUCUGAACUCGAGAUGGUGAAUCUAGAACUACAGAGUAGCAGGCUUCUACUGAUUAACUCCAUGAUUUCUAGAAAUCAGGCUUCUUCUGCUCAAGUCACUAACUCCAAAAGCAAAGCACCUGCGGCUGAAACUGCUCCGGAAUCAACGCACGAGGACAGUUUUAGCAAAGGAGGGAUAGCCAGGCGAACUAGAAGUAGAUUAAGAAGAGCUGUCUUGGUCCUGGCACCCAAGCGUCAAGUCAGGGUACAAAAACGAGUUUCCAAAAAACGUAAAUUAGGCGAAUUAGUGGAGAAAUCCCAUGAAGAGAUUGCUGAACAAGAUACCAAUAAAAUGGAUUCUGAAACGAGCAUUCAAUCAAAUUUCAAGGAAGAGCGGUUGGAUGUGUCAGCUGGUGACCAAGUAGCUGACUCCUCGUCCUCGUCCACCGCCAAACAUGCACAAUCGCGCCUCAGCAAGCCAAGUGUUACAGUCAAUCCGACCCACCAGCCACUGGCUAUAAUACCACCACUACCACCCCCACCACCGCCUCCCGAACCAAUCUGCCACAUGUCCUACGAAGCGCGCAGCUCCUUCCUUAAGGAACCACUGCACGAGCCUGGUCACCAGUGGUCAGAUCUGAAUUCCGAAGGGAAGUGCUCUGUAGGUUUUGUGCCGAAGGGAAAAUUGCAAAAUGUCGGCAGCCCCAUUACCCAAAUAAAGAUCUACAGGAAGUACGUGAUAGCUGCAGCCGAGGAUGGGGAUAUCUACAUGUUCCACCUGGUCACUCACAAGCUGGAGCGAAAGAUCACCAAGCACAGCGAGGCUAUCACGAAUAUGUGCCUCAGCGAAGAGGAUUCCAUUCUCUACACCACCUCAGCGGAUGGCUUUUUUAAGAAGUCAUCGCUCCUGAAUCUGGAGCGGGUCAUAGAAACGGUGUACCUCAAAGAGCCCUUGCAAUCGCUAGACGUCGCCUGGGGAUUUGCCUUUAUUGGCAGCCGAUGGGGUCAAAUCUCUACCUUCAACGUAGUGACAAACAAGGUGAUGGAACAGCCCUUGGUAUCAACCGGCCAAUCCAUCAUUGCCAUUAAGGCCACCAACCAAGGUGUUCGGAGGAUCCUUGUGCUGGGAUGCAAAGGAAAUUUUGUCCAAAUGCAUGAUGCGGGCAACGGACUGCUGCUGCGUCGCGUAUUUAUUGCAGAGGGCCUAAAUAUCUACAGUCUGCUUCUAGAUGAAAAGCACAUGUAUUGCGGAACGCAGAAAAAUGAGAUACAUCAGUUGGAGUUUUAUACUGGAAACUUGGUCACCAAGUUUAGCUGUGGAAAUGGCGCUGUUGCUAUUGCGUCCUAUGGAGAGCGUUAUUUGCUAGUCGGCUGCUACGAUGGCUUUAUUUACGUCCUGAACAAGAUAACUGGAACUCAAGUGGGUCGUUUCGAGGGCGCUGGUCGCAUGGUCUUAGCCCUUUCGGUUGCUGGCGAUAAGAUCGUCACAUCUUCUAAAGAUAACUCGCUGGAGAUUCUGGAGGUGCCCUCAGCAUUGGUAAAUGGCUAUUAAGACGCGUAUCAUAAUUGGUAUAAAUCGGAUUUAAUUUAAUAAUUUUUACACACAAUCUUGUUUGUAUA